CUCUCUCUCUCUCCCCCUCCCCUCCCCCUUCCAUUUUCCCUCCUACUUUGUGUUUUGCCUUGCCCUCCCGCACGGGAACCCACCCCCCUCCCUCCUCCUCCCCGUUCUCCCCCUCCCCUUCUUGAUCCAUCGUUCUCUUUCCCCGAUCCACUCCGGCCAUCCCACCUCCCCUCCCUCCAGUCCUCCCCUUUCGGCUGCCUGUGUAAACGGCAUGCUCUCGCGAUUGGGUCCCAACCUCGGCCGCGCCGCUCGAGCGACUGCCGUGCGCUGCCUGCGCUCCGCUGCUGCCGCCGCCUGCCCCCCGGCCACGGCGGCGGCAGCGACGGCGACCACAACCACGAUACCGCUGCCCUCUGGGCCCCGGCUGGUUGUGCGUCAGAUGGCCUCAUUCCCUCGGUUUGGCCCUGGCGGCGGUCGUCUCGGCGGCCCCUUGCGUGCCACAUCCAUCUAUCCCGUGAAGCCCAGUCGCAGGGCCGUGGCCGCGGCGAGCCUCGAUGAUUCGGUGGAGGUCUGGUCCUCCGGCAAGGGGGGACCCCACUCCAAGCGGGCAACCCGCCGUGACGCGCACUGGUUUUCCGAGAAAAUCAAGAACCUGGCCCGGCAUGACUACAUGGCAGCCUAUGGUCUGCUGAAGGACAUGCACAGACACCGGCAGCCGCCGACCACCAUCCACUACAAUCUCAUCAUCCAAGCAGCAUCCAAGCGGGCCCAGUCCACCACCAGUAUUGCCGAGGCAUGCCAACACCGGAACCGGGCCAUGGGCUUCUAUCGCGAGAUGCGCAAGGUGGGCAUCCUCCCCUCCAGCACUACCUUCGUGCUGCUGUUGAAGUCCUGCUCGGCCAGCUUGGCCAUCAAUGAUCUGUCCAAUCGCUAUCUGCGGGAAAUCCGCACCGAUGUUUCCAAUCCCGCCACCUCGGUGGAUGCCUACUUCCACCGGACAUACGCCCAGAUUUGCAAGCUUUGGGACGAGUACACCGACCGGGUGGCCAUUGGCCGCAACCCGGAAUCCGCACCGACUCAGGGGCUCCUCAACAAACACCUGCAUCAGGUGGAGACUUUCUCCGAGGACUCCAUCCAAAACAUGGACAUCCGUGUGUUCAAUGCCUUCACCCAUUCGCUGGUCUUUUGCGGGGCCAUCAAGCGGGCCUUCUCCGAGCUGGACUCCCUUGGCUACUCGGCCGGCCUGGAGCCGGAUGCUCGGACCUACUCCUCCAUGCUGACGGCCAUGCAGAUCAUGGGCGACGUCAAUGGCGCACUGCGACUCUAUGAGCAUGCCAUGGCUCGGGAGCUCCGGCACCGGGACUUUCGCAUUGUCGACUCCUUCCUGGUUGGACGCCUGCUGACGGUGGGCCUGAUCACCAAGUUCCGCCCGCUCCCGGACCCCUCGGACUCUCAGCGUGGUGACCCGCACACCAGCCUCACGCUGAAUCCCUCCCUGCUGGACAGCAGCACCAUUCGCCCGACCGAGGAGAGCACUGUGGCCGAGCUGACGCCCGAUGUCAUGAAGUCGGCCCAGGUGUCCAUGAUCAACCACUUCUUGCAAUUCUGCACCAACUUGGACCGCUCUCCGGAGUAUCUGGAAGAGCAGCGCCCCAGCCAUAAGGACCUCCAAACAGCGGCCUUCAUCGCACUGGCCACUUAUCGUCCGGACCUGGCGGCCGCGGUCAUGGCUCGCAUCGAGCAGUAUCUCGGGGCGCCGUCCUUCUCCACCCUCGAGGUGCAUCGUCUUUAUCAUGACUUGAAGCAGACCACCGUCGAGCCGGUGGACAUCUCCUUUCCGGAUGUCUUCUUCCCGGAGCACUACCUCUACCCGGCCCUUGCGCAUUUGGCGGCAUUGGCCUCCUUCGCCUGGCCAAAUGCCCUGCCCCGGGAUGGGAACUCCUUCCUCGGCACCCAUCCCAACAUGGCCGGCUUGCCCUCGGCUUUCCUGUCUUCGGACCAGCAGCACGAUGCCACUGCCUCGGUCUUGGGGCCACAGCUUUUCCGCAACAUCCAAAAUGUCGAUAUUCUUGAUGCCCGCCGGGCGCACGUCCACCGCUGGGUCCUGUUGGCCAUGUUGCGGGCCCCGGAUUCGGCAAACAUCGCCUGUGGCUGGGACGCCGUGGCCAAUGCCAUGAAUGGCUACCGUGUGAUUGGCGACCAUAGCGAGGCGCUCGAGUUCAAUCAGCACCUUAUGGCCAAGCUCAAUGCUGUUCGUGAGGAGUGGUUCCGGUCCAACAACGACAUCGAGUCCGAGAUCCGGGCGCACUUGAGCCAGCGCGUGCAGAGUCUUCUCGACCCACCCCCCUCGUACCACCGGACCCUCCGUGCCAUUAAGCGAGACAUGCGCCAUUCCCCUUACAGCCCCCCCCGGCGCCGACUGGACCCGGAUGCGACGCCUGAAACCACGCAGGAGCUGGCCCGACGCCUGGCCCCCUGUCCGAUGGAUGUGACGCUGGUCCAGCGAAUCAUGGCGGACUUUAUGGUGCGCUCCUUCCGCCGGAAUGCCGACCACCUGCUGCGGGCCCUUCGCCAGGAGCGCGAACGUAUCAUGCUUCAAGAAGCGGCGCGUGCCCGCGAGCGCGAGAAGGCCGCCUCCGUUGGUGAUACCACGGCUGCGGCAAGGCUGACCACCCCGCGGCGCCGGCUGUCUAUUCACCUGCCGGAGGAGGAAGUUCCCGAGGCCCCGCGGCGCUUUGCCUAUGGCCGACUAUCUGCCCCCGCGGUGGCCAGUGUCCCGAGUGACCAGCUUGACGCCCUGCGCAGCUACGAAGAAAAGUAUGCCCAAGACAUGAAGGCUCACUCGGCCUGGUACCAGGUCUACGGGGAAGACCAGAUCGCCAAGGCGUUUGUCAGCCGGCCAACCGACGAGGCCGCGGCCGCCAGCCCGCAGGCCAAGACCCCGGAGCGGCCACUGGUCACGCCGGAGCGGCCAUCAACGCCGCCGACUCGGUCGCCCCGCGUCGCGGCUCUGGCGGCCGCCACCGGCAACAUCACCGGCCCGACGGCCUAUUCCUCAUCAUCACCCGUGACCGAGCAGUCGAAGCCGGCUUCUCCGGCCCCUGAUGCGCAGUCGACCAGCCGGCAGAAGGCCCCGGCUUUUGCCCGGCCAACCGUCCCGGAUGGGUCGCUGCCUGACGGCUUCCGUUCAAAGUAGACGCGGCUUAUCCUCUUCCUUUUUUUUUCCCCACGGCCGCCACCAUGAGCUCCCUCCCGCCCCCUCCUGCAUCCAUCUCGCCUUUACUCUCCCCGUCUUGUCCUUCUUUCGCCGUCCUCCCCCCCCCCCCUUCCCC